UGUAUUAAUGUAUGUGUGUGUGUGUGUGUGUGUGUGUGUGUGUGUGUGUGUGUGUGUGUGUGUGUGUGUGUGUGUCUCAGUUUGAGGGCCUGCCUACCUACCCGGAUGUGAGCCGUAUGUGGGAGAUUGUGGACAAAUAUCACGUAACCAAGUUCUACACAGCUCCGACCGCCAUCAGACUGCUGAUGAAGUAUGGCAGAGAGCCGGUGCAGAAGUAUAAGCGAGAUUCUCUGAAGGUUUUGGGGACGGUGGGAGAGCCCAUCAACCCCGAGGCCUGGCAGUGGUACUACAGUGUGGUGGGAGAGAAGAGAUGUCCAAUUGUCGACACCUUUUGGCAGACAGAAACUGGUGGACAUGUGUUGACUCCUCUACCUGCAGCCACACCCAUGAAACCGGGAUCAGCUACGUUCCCGUUCUUCGGAGUGGUGCCGGCCGUCUUGAAUGAGUCGGGAGAGGAGCUGGAGGGAGCGAGUGAAGGAUACCUGGUGUUCAAACAGCCGUGGCCCGGCGUGAUGAGGACGGUGUACGGAAACCAGCAGAGGUUUGAAACCACCUACUUCAAGAAGUUUCCUGGAUACUACGUCACGGGAGACGGUUGCCGUAGAGACAAGGAUGGCUACUAUUGGAUAACGGGGAGGAUAGACGACAUGCUCAACGUCUCCGGCCACUUACUGAGCACAGCGGAGGUGGAGUCGGCUCUGGCGGAGCACGAGGCGGUCGCCGAGGCCGCUGUGGUGGGCAGACCUCAUCCUGUCAAAGGAGAAAGCCUCUACUGCUUCGUAACGCUCACUGAUGGAGUGACGUACAGCCGCACGCUGGAGGCAGAGCUCAAAAAACAAGUGCGGGAGAAGAUCGGUGCCAUCGCUACGCCAGACUUCAUCCAGAAUGCUCCAGGACUCCCCAAGACCAGAUCUGGCAAGAUCAUGCGACGGGUGCUCCGCAAAAUCGCCUGUGACGAAAGGGACCUGGGCGACAUCUCCACGCUGGCCGACUCCUCGGUGGUCGAGCAUCUCUUCCAGAACCGAUGCUGCGUCGGCGUGUGACGGCCUCCAGGAUCCUCGCAGGGAGGCUCCAGCUGCAGCUGCGCGGCGGUGGCCACAAACACACCCAGGGGGGUAGAGGAAGAAGAGAAGGAGGAGAAACACAAUGAACUUGGGUGUUGUCCAAUAAACAACCUUUAGCUCCUGAUGAGUACGACCAGUGUGCAGCAGAGCCUUGAACAUCUGUCUGGUUACUGGCAGAAGUAGUAAACACUUUAAGAGCAACAAACAAAGUGUAGGAAUUAAUAAGAACAUCAGUCAUUUGGUUUUAAUGUUUUCCAGAAGCAGACAGAGUUGCUGCUGUUUAAAAAGAAAACAAGG